UUAAAACACGUUUAUGAGCAGAUAGCUAGGGCUGUCCACGUCUGUAGCAUUUUGCAGAAAGGUGGCAACCCCGAUCCUCUUCAUGCUGUUCAUAUGCGUCGUGAAGUGUCGUCAAACUGUCGUGAAGCGCGCCGCCCCAGCGAAGAUGGCGGCUGAGCUGCAUCCGCGCAGCGGAAAACUCAUCGGACUGUCCAACUCGAACCGCACGGCGCAGCGAAACCAGUCGGUGCAGGAAUUUAACCAUGGUUUGGUCCUCAGUCGAGAGCCGCUGCGGGACCGGGAUGUCUUCACCGUGCGAAUUGACAAAAAGGUGAACUCCUGGAGCGGCUCCAUAGAGAUCGGUGUGACUGCACUGGACCCAGCUGCGCUGGACUUCCCCAGCAGUGCCACGGGUCUGAAGGGCGGCUCCUGGAUUGUGUCGGGCUGUUCUGUGCUGAAGGACGGGCGCUCAGUCCUGGAGGAGUACGGCCGCGACCUGGACCAGCUGGGCGAGGGAGACCGCGUGGGCAUCCAGCAGAACGGGUGCGGCGAGCUGCACCUGUGGGUGAACGGGCAGGACUGCGGCGCGGCUGCCAGUGGCCUGCCCUCCAGACUGUGGGCCGUGGUGGACCUCUACGGGAAGUGCACACAGGUGACCGUGGUCAGCUGUGAGCCCCCACCCGACACGGACGGCGAGGAACGCGAGGAAGACGAGGAGGGGGAAGAGGGGCAGGAACCAAAAGGCCUGGCAGCUCCAGCUGCUUUGAUGACGGAGGCGUGCCGAGACCAUGUGGAGAGGAGUGGCACCACGGUGCUGCCUGCUGUUCAUGCUACGACCACAGUCAUGAAUGGCUCAGCGGAGGAAGUGCCUGAAGUUGCAAGAGGACAUAGCAGACCCGACAAGUUUCCCAGCAACUUUGAGCCUGAUACCGUCCUUACAGAGCACCAGUUAUUUGAUGUGUUCAACAAUGCCAUUGUCUCCCUGUAUCGAUCAGAAGAUGAGGGUGGAGAAGACUCAGGGCUGGGUGGGGCCAGGGGUGGGAAUUCAGACUCUUCCAGGGGGGGCUCAGGAAGCAGCAAUGGAACCAGAGGAGCAAUGGGAGGAAAUGACAAUGCAGGUGGAGGCGGAGCCGGUGGUGGGGGCAGCACAAAUAACAGUCCAUCAGGAAAUGCAGGGGGCGUGGCAGGGAUGGGUGCUGGGGGAGUGACCACCAAUGACGCGCUGCUCUUUCACGAGAAGUGCGGCACGCUGAUUAAGCUGAGCAACAACAACAAGACGGCGGAGAGGAGGAGGCCACUGGACGAGUUCAAUAACGGAGUAGUGAUGACCAACCGCCCACUUAGGCACAACGAGAUGUUUGAGAUUCGCAUCGAUAAACUAGUGGAUAAAUGGUCAGGAUCCAUCGAGAUUGGAGUGACAACUCACAACCCAAACAACCUGGAUUACCCGGCAACCAUGACCAAUUUACGCUCAGGGACGAUCAUGAUGAGCGGCUGUGGAAUUUUGACCAAUGGGAAAGGGACACGGAGGGAAUACUGCGAGUUCAGUCUGGAUGAGCUCCAGGAAGGAGAUCACAUUGGGCUGAUGAGGAAAGCCAGUGGAGCGUUACACUUCUACAUCAACGGUAUAGAUCAGGGUGUGGCUGCAGUCCAAACCCCAGGUGUGGUGUAUGGGGUAGUGGACCUCUACGGCAUGGCUGUUAAAGUCACUAUCGUCCACAACCACAACCAUAGCGACCGCUUACGACGCAACAAUGCCAUUAUGAGGGCACUGUCGCCGGACGUGGGGCGACCCCGGCCCGCCCUCUCGCUGACCCCUGACCCGGAAACUCCGGACCGCUUGCUCUUCCACCCGAACUGUGGCCAGAAGGCGGCCAUCAUCGGAGAUGGCAGGACAGCACUGAGACCUCAUGCAACUGAUGACUUUAAUCACGGGGUGGUGCUAAGCAACCGACCGCUGCAUUCCAAUGAAGUAUUCCAGGUGCGGAUUGACAAAAUGGUGGACAAAUGGGCGGGGUCCAUUGAGAUUGGCGUGACGACCCAUAACCCCGCCUAUCUGCAGCUACCCUCCACCAUGACCAACCUGCGCUCAGGGACGUGGAUGAUGACAGGCAACGGGGUGAUGCACAACGGAACAACAAUCCUGGAUGAAUAUGGUCACAACCUGGACCGGCUCAAAGCCGGGGACACGGUUGGCGUGGUGAGGAAGGACGACGGGAGCCUGCACUUCUUCGUGAACGGCGUCCCGCAGGGGCCCGCUGCGUGGAACAUUCCACCCAGCGUCUACGCCGUUGUGGACCUGUACGGGCAGGCGGCCCAGGCCACCAUCAUGGAUGACAUGGCUGACCUCCCUCCUCUCCCAGACGACAGUUCAGAGGGGCCAACAGCUCUGUCUCCAGGCAGUCCAUGCUCCGUCACCGGAACAGCCACGGCCAGCGACCUGCGCUUCCAUCAGCUGCACGGCACCAAUGCCGUCAUCACCAACGGUGGCCGCACAGCCCUCCGCCAGAACUGCCGCAGCGAAUUCAACGACGCCAUCGUCAUCUCCAACAGGUGCCUUCGAGAUGGAGAGUUAUUUGAGAUUGUUAUCCAGAAGAUGGUGGACCGCUGGUCGGGCUCAAUAGAAGCAGGAGUGACUGCCAUUAGGCCAGAGGAACUGGAGUUCCCCAACACUAUGACUGACAUUGACUAUGACACCUGGAUGCUGAGCGGUACGGCCAUCAUGCAGGAUGGGAACACCAUGCGGAAUAACUAUGGCUGCGAUCUGGACUCCCUGAGCACGGGCUCCCGGAUCGGAAUGAUGCGAACAGCCUCAGGAGAUCUGCACUACUACAUCAAUGGAGUGGACCAGGGCGUGGCCUGCACUGGCCUGCCCCCAGAGGUGUAUGCAGUGGUAGAUCUGUAUGGCCAGUGCGUGCAGGUGUCCAUCACUAGCUCCUCUGGCCCUCUGGACAACAGCCUCUGUACCAGUAACAUCACAGAGAAGAGCUUCCCCAUACAUUCUCCAGUGGCAGGGGUGGCUCAUCGCCUACACAGCAAACAUGGGAAAAAUGUAGUGCUACUAGGAGACGGUUGCCAGGCAGUCAGGGUGGGAGGUUACGCUCACGGAAUCGUGUUCAGUGCAAAAGAGUUGAAGACAGAUGAACUGUUUGAGGUGAAGAUCAACGAGGUGGACGAGCAGUGGUCCGGUUCGCUCCACAUCGGCCUGACGACCCUGCAGCCCCCCGACCUGCCCUCCUGUCCCCUAAGUGGCCUCUCGCCUUCCCUCACCCAGCUCAGGUCAAAGGUCACCUGGCUGCUGGCUGGGGCAGAGGUCAGGCGCAAUGGCAUGCUGCAGAGGCAGAACUACGGCUGUUCGCUGGACCGCCUGACGGUGGGGAACCGUGUGGGUGUGAAGAGGUGCAGUGAUGACACAAUGCACAUCUUCAUAGAUGGAGAGGACAUGGGAUCAGCAGCAACAGCUGUGUCUAAGAACGUGUAUGCGGUGAUGGACUUGUACGGGAAGGUGACGGCUGUAUCAGUGGUCAGCUCCACAGUGAUGGAGGACUCGGACAGCGUCAAGGCCUCCUCGCUCUCGUCCGACAGCUGCAGCGAGGGGGAGGAAGAUACCACUCCGUGUGAGAACGAGCCUGCCCUGGUGCCCACGGCGAUGGUCUUCCUAGAGAAUCAUGGGAAGAAUAUCCAGCUCUCCAAUCAGAACCUGACUGCUGCACGAGUGUCAAGCUAUAACCAGGGGCUGCUGGUCACAGCACAAGCUCUUCCUCGCCAGCAGCUCUUCCAGUUUCAGAUCGAUCGGUUAAACUCAUCCUGGACAUCGUCUCUCUCUCUGGGCGUUAUUGGUCACUCUCCCGAUCGCCUCAACUUCCCCUCCACGGCGUGCUGCCUUAAGCGCUCCGUCUGGCUACUGCAGCGAGACUCCGUCUUCCAUAACUCGCUGAAGAUUUGUGAGAACUAUGGGCCAAACUUAGACACGUGUCCUGAAGGGACCGUCCUGGGGCUGUUGGUGGAUGCCAGCGGCUGCCUCCACCUAUUUGUGAACGGAAUGGACCAGGGCGUGGCUGCCCAGGACAUCCCAAGUCCCUGUUACCCACUCAUCGACCUUUAUGGACAGUGUGAACAGGUCACCAUAGUAACCAACCAUGUGCCGGCACUGGGUGCGAAAUGUGGCGAAGUGCGUUGCCAAGGCGACAUGGAGAAGGCUGACAUGGUGGAUGGAAUAAAGGAAAGCGUGUGCUGGACGCCCCCUCCUGAGGUGAACCCCAAUAAGACCUGCGAAUACCAGGCACUUUGCUCCAGAUUCAAGGACCUGCUCACACUGCCUGAUGGCUACUUCAAUGAGGACGCCAAGUAUAACCUGUGCUACUGUGAGUCCUGCCAUAAGCUCCGUGGUGAUGAGACCUACUACAAGCGGGGCGAGCCUCCCCGCGACUACGCGCUGCCCUUCGGCUGGUGCCGCUUCGCCUUGCGGAUCAAGCCACACUGCGAGGUGCCAAAUGCUUUUAAGAAGUGGCACAUUGCAUACCAUGGCACAAGUGUGGGCGCUCUCCGCCGCACCCUGGACCAAAGCCAACUCAUGCCAGCAGAGUCGGCAUCCGUGUUCUCUGCCUCUCCGGUCAAGACAGAGGGCCACGGCAGCUACAGUGAGCCGGAGGAGAACAGCACCCCUGAGUGGGAGGUGCCAUGCGUGCAGCUCUCGCCCACCAUGCGCUACUCCGGCCUAGAAGCCUUCGCCCCUAAAGUGCAAUUCCGAGACCCUCGAUCACUGCGCUGCCACCAGGCCCAGGUGGGCUUCCAGGUGUGCGUGCGUCCAGGCUCCUACAAGGUGGGCCCUCAGACGCUGGGCAUCAGUGAGUCUCUGGAUCCCAGGUUCAGCAACACAGAGAUCGAGUGGAUAACCAAGGAGAAAGGGGGUACGCUUCUGUACGGCCUGCUGGUCCGUAUUGAGUGAGCUGAGACGGGCGGAGCGCGAGUGGGGGAGAGCAGGGGGAAAAGGGAGGGGCUUCGGGGUGUGGGAGAUCCUGCCCCCUGUCACAAUCUGCUCAUCGCCUGGCCCCUAGCCCCUGCUCACGGCUCCUUACCCUCUGUGGGACUUUAUCUCUGGAGGAGUCCAUCAUUUCAUUUCGAGGCUUUCUCCUCUCAGAAGGUUUUUAUUCGUUUUGGUUUGGUUUUAUUUCAGACUGAUGGUAUAUGGAGACACUUUCUGCACUUUAUUUUUGGGCACCAGUGGGUGAUUUAUUAUUUUUUUUCCCCCUCUUAAUUUUCUUAAUGUUUGCCUCUUCUGUCCUGGGUUCUAAACGGCACGUUCUGGGUAGUUACUGUCAGACAGACGGUGUGGGAUUAUCUGGAUCAUAGUUUAGCUCCCAGGAUACUCUUUUCUCUCCCUCUCUCUUCCCCUCCCUCCAUCUCUCUCUGUCAGUCAGUCCAUUUGGUAAGAAAGACACCCCCAAGCUCAACUCAGCACACAUGUCACCUCCUCAUAGCACUGGAUCCUGUGAAUUUUUUUUAAAAAACUUUUGCAAGGGACAAAUCAACCUGGAAUUUAAGUCACCUGUUUCAAAGGAGAAAAUACAACAAAGAAAACAACGUAAACACCCACCCCAUCCAAAAAAAGACUUGAAACUAUGAUCAGGAAGAAACUGCUGCAGCCUGUAAUUUCAUUUGUUUGUUUGUAUUUUACUUACUUUGUUAAUUCCACUUUACAUCAGGUGUCCGUCAUAACCGUGUUUUCACACAAUCAAAACACAAAUGUAAAUACAAUGUUUUAAGGCUUACACGCAGUAUUACAUUUUUACUAUCGAAGUCCUAUUUAAGGGCAAGCAUGGACCCAGGUCAUAUCCUUCGAGUUUGUGUGAAUACACAGGUUAUACUUGUGUGCAGUGGAACAGUUUGCCUUCGUUUUUCUGUUCCGUUUGGGUCCAACCGUCUGUCGCAGCAGUAGUACUGGAAAUCCUUU